UAUGUUUAUCUGAAAAAAGUUCCCCACUCCAACUAUACUUCCUUGUCCAUUCGAAAUUUUCCAAUCAUCAAACAGUCUAWUAUUAGUUUCCAAUUUCCGAGAAAAACGGGAGUGCUACGCAGCAAAUACACUUAGUAGAGAUGCAGAGUCUACAAUUUGGAUCCGAGGAAACCUAAAUCCAUGGCUUUAAUCUUUUCUAUCGGUUUCUUACUUGCGUUUUCAGGAGUCGCUUUUGGUUCACACUUCAGAGGAGCCUCGCUUAGCUGGAAGCCCGUGGAUGCCACAAGCAACACAGAUAAGCGGGURAUGAUCUCAUUACGAAUUGCCUGGCGGAGAUCGUACAACCACCGCACAAAAUGUGAUCAAUCCACGAUCAAUUCCGGCCGUCUCAUCGGUCCUAGCGGGUCAAGUCUCGAGUGUCGCUCAGGCUGCAGUGGGUACGUUGGCAGCAUGGAUUUCAAAUGUACAGAUUUCAGCGUGCACGAGAAUUGGUCAGCUGGUGGAAGGAACUACACAUAUGGAUUCUCUGAUAUUCAUCCUCCACUUUACCAGGCCAGUUUUACGGGUGGAGACUGGAUCUACUUGAACAAUGGAGGCGGGAACUGGGAGGUGAGAAUGUACGUUAAUCUGACGAAACGAAGAGACACAGGGCGCAUAAACACAUCACCAAYUACCGCCAUGUCACCGAUCGUCAGACUGCAAUAUGGUUGUCAUCACACUCUUGUAAUACCAGGUAAGUAUACACCUAUUCCAAAAAACGUCGAUCGCUCGGAGAUCUGA